UGACCGCGGCCGGGAGGGACGCAGGCGCGGCGGGCGCAGGGGCUGCGGGACGCGGCGGCGCAGACAUGUCGGGGGUCCGGGCCGUGUCCAGGCUGCUGCGCCAGCGGCGCCAGGUGCUGAUUGGCCUGCAGUGUCCGGCCACGUCACACACAGGCUCCCGUGGGUUCCACUUCACUGUCAAUGGGACUAAGAGGUCAUCAGCUAAAGUUUCAGAUUCUAUUUCUGCACAGUAUCCCGUGGUAGACCAUGAGUUCGAUGCAGUGGUGGUCGGUGCUGGAGGGGCAGGCCUGCGAGCUGCAUUCGGCCUUUCUGAGGCUGGUUUCAACACUGCCUGCGUCACAAAACUCUUUCCCACCCGGUCCCACACUGUUGCCGCCCAGGGUGGGAUCAACGCUGCUCUGGGGAACAUGGAGGAGGACAACUGGAGGUGGCACUUCUACGACACAGUGAAGGGCUCCGACUGGCUGGGAGACCAGGACGCCAUCCACUACAUGACGGAGCAGGCGCCUGCCUCGGUGGUGGAGCUGGAGAACUAUGGCAUGCCCUUCAGCAGGACCGAGGAUGGGAGGAUCUACCAGCGCGCCUUCGGGGGCCAGAGCCUGAAGUUCGGAAAAGGUGGACAGGCCCAUAGGUGCUGCUGUGUGGCUGACCGGACUGGCCACUCACUGCUGCACACGUUGUAUGGACGGUCUCUGCGCUAUGAUACUAGCUAUUUCGUGGAAUACUUUGCCUUGGAUCUGCUGAUGGAAAAUGGGGAGUGUCGUGGUGUCAUUGCCUUGUGCAUAGAAGACGGAACAAUCCAUCGCAUCCGAGCCAAGAACACUGUUGUGGCUACUGGAGGCUAUGGCCGCACCUACUUCAGCUGCACAUCUGCGCACACCAGCACCGGGGACGGCACUGCCAUGAUCACCAGGGCCGGCCUCCCCUGCCAGGACCUGGAGUUUGUCCAGUUCCACCCCACAGGCAUUUAUGGUGCUGGAUGCCUCAUUACGGAAGGGUGCCGCGGAGAAGGGGGUAUCCUCAUCAACAGUCAAGGAGAGAGGUUCAUGGAGAGAUACGCGCCUGUUGCAAAGGACCUGGCAUCCAGAGAUGUUGUGUCUCGGUCCAUGACUCUGGAAAUCCGAGAAGGAAGGGGCUGCGGGCCUGAGAAGGACCAUGUCUACCUGCAGCUGCACCAUCUACCCCCCGAGCAGCUGGCCGUGCGCUUGCCUGGCAUCUCGGAGACAGCCAUGAUCUUUGCUGGCGUUGACGUCACGAAGGAGCCAAUCCCUGUCCUGCCCACAGUGCACUACAACAUGGGUGGCAUUCCCACGAACUAUAAGGGACAGGUGCUGAAGCACGUGAAUGGUCAGGAUCAGGUUGUGCCUGGGCUGUAUGCCUGCGGGGAAGCCGCCUGUGCCUCGGUGCAUGGUGCCAACCGUCUGGGGGCAAACUCACUCUUGGACCUGGUGGUCUUUGGCCGGGCGUGUGCCCUGAGUAUCGCCGAGUCCUGCAAACCUGGAGAUAAAGUUCCCUCAAUAAAACCAAAUGCUGGGGAAGAAUCUGUGAUGAAUCUUGAUAAGUUGAGGUUUGCAGAUGGAAGCAUAAGAACGUCAGAACUGAGGCUCAAUAUGCAGAAGUCGAUGCAGAACCAUGCCGCCGUGUUCCGAGUGGGCAGCGUGCUGCAGGAGGGCUGUGAGAAAAUCAGCCAACUCUACGGGGACCUGAAGCACCUGAAGACCUUCGACAGAGGGAUGGUAUGGAACACCGACCUGGUGGAGACGCUGGAGCUGCAGAACCUGAUGCUGUGUGCGCUGCAGACCAUUUAUGGUGCAGAGGCCCGCAAGGAGUCACGUGGGGCUCAUGCCCGGGAGGAUUACAAGGUGCGGGUUGACGAGUAUGAUUACUCCAAGCCCAUCCAGGGCCAGCAGAAGAAGCCGUUUGCAGAGCACUGGAGGAAGCACACGCUUUCUUAUGUGGAUGUUCCGACAGGAAAGGUCAAGCUGGAAUACAGACCCGUAAUUGAUAAGACUUUGGACGAGGCUGACUGUGCCACCGUGCCACCCGCUAUCCGCUCCUAUUAAGCAGAAGCAGGCCCCACUCUGCACCAUGUGUCCUCACCGACUGUGUGUUCCGGUGCCCGCCAGAGCCAGGGCAGCCAGCUUUGCGGCCAGUGGCCAGGCCAAGAGCUUGCCAGUGAUCAGCAUGCAGGAAAGUCACUCUAUCCCUAUACCUGCUUCGUACUUGUGUAAUGCUAAAACCAGGCACCUUCAAUAAAACAUAAACUACAACCUUA